CUUGCAGGAGAUGCUUUUAGUCGCAGCUCGCUCACUGCGCGUCUGCAGCACAACAUAAAAGAAAACAAUGCACAGGAAGGGGACAGCUGGAGCUCUCCGCACAGAGUGAUCAUGGCCGGUCGGUGGCGCGACGGUGCUCGCGUGUGUUCGGGAGAGCAGGACGGUGGCCUCAAACCGGCACGAAAGCUCCGCCAGCAGCAAGAACCGGGCUCAGACACCGGGGACGCGACGGAGCCGCCGCGAGGACUGCCGCGAUGGAUGCGGCUUUACUUCUACGGGAUGCACGGCGUGACUCUGGAUGUCCUGCUGUCAUCCUUACAGGGGCUUUUGCACUCACGGGACCCUAAGCUGAUGGGCUUUUCCUCUCCGUAUCUUUGCAUCAUGCAUUCGCUGACCCAUUUUGCGCUGGAAAAGAUCUACUCACAGAAGAGGUGCUUCCUAGGUCGGCCUGUGGUGUUUCAUCUUGUUUUCUACCCGUCCAUCUACAUCGGGCUGCAGAUUCUGAUCGGGAACAUUAACACUUUGGCCGAGCAAGUGAGGGUGGUUUCUGGGACUCAGCUGGUAGUGCAUUACAUCCUGGCUCUCUACUUCUCUCAGGUGUUUCACAGAGAGCUGUCACAUCUACAGUAUCGCCCAUCAUUCUCCGCUGACCUCCAGCUGGAAGGCAGACCCCCGCACGGUCUUCCCGGCUUUGCGCGCUUCUUAUUCUUCGGGAUGCACGGCUUUCUGGACGAGGUCCUUUUCACCUCUCUGUUCAACCUGGUGGAGAAGUCUGACAGGACCCUCAGCGGUCACACGUCCCUGUGGUCUUUCCUGAUGUACGGAAGCUGCAGCUUCGUGGUGGAGAAGCUCUACCUUUACCUGCACUUCAGCCUGGGCUGGGGGUCCUGGCGACGACUCCCCAUCUACAUCUGCUUCAUCUACACGUGGGAAUUCUCGUGGGGUCUGGUCCUGAGGCAGUUUAACGCUUGCUCGUGGGAUUACUCCCACUAUCCUCACAACUUCAUGGGACUUAUCACCCUGCUCUACCUGCCCGGGUGGAUCUGCUUGAGUCUCUAUCAGGACGUGCUGUCCAAUGUCCUGCUGAGAAUCAAGUGCACCAAAGAUGUGCAUGAUUUAAGUGAAGAGAAUGGAGACGUCAAGGGACAACUGGAGCCAAACAAAAAGCAACUUUAAUUCUAAGUUUGAUGGUUGUAAACUAAUAUAUAAGUGAGGAAGAAAUACAACUAAUUUAAUAAGGGACAUCUAUUUAUUAUCAGGCAGUAAACAACAAAAAUCAGAG